AUGGGAGUGCUGGGAAGUAAGAGAAGCAAGAAGCCAAUCGACAAUAGCAAGCAUGUGCAGCCAAGCAAAAGUACCAGUAAUGCGACUAAGGAGCUUGCUGUGAAACAGAAAAACAGAAAGGGAUCGAAUGCAGAUCGAGCGCAGCAAGCAGAAAAAAGCAGCGGAUCUAAAGGGAUAGUUUUGAAAAGAAGACCGUGCCCGAUUAGAGACAAUGUGUUUCCUGAUGCUAGCAAGCUCGAGAAGGAGUUGUUGAUGAAUGGAACAAAGACGGACAAGAUCGAUGUUCUUACGCUGAUGGUUGAACGAAACCCGUCGCCGGAGAACUUCAAAGGGCUGCUUGCAUUCUGUGAAAACCAGAGGAAUGAUGUUCAUUACCACGUGCUCAAGAACAUUAGAGACAUUCUUGUGUCAAAGAAGAAAGUCGACGACUUCUACAUCAAGCAGAGGAUAGUAAGGUCGUUUGAUGUGAACCUACGGAACGAAUACAUUAAGAAGAAGGUGCUGCGGCUGGUUGUUGAUCUGCUGAAGAAGAAUAUUCUGUUUAUUGAUCUGAUUCAUCUAUUUGUCAACAAGCUCGGAGACAAAAAGGAAAUUUCUGAAUAUGUGGUUGAUGAGCUAAGCGAGCUGGUUCCUGGGCACGAGGAGGUGGUUAUUGAUGUGUUGGAGGAUUUCUAUUUCAAGAACGAUCUUUUCCGCUCAAGACACACCUUUCUAAGGUUUGUUGCAAGGCUUGACUUUGAGAACAAGAAGAAGGCGUUUGGACUGUUUAAUGUUAUUUUGAAAGACUUUUGCCAGAGUAUGCCUGAAGAGCAUAGGAAUAUACUGCUUGAGGACAUAAUUGUUGGGCUUGGAAAGAAUAUAGAAAAUGAGCAGAUAGGCAAUGUGGAGAUAGUGAGACGAGCGGUUCAUACGGAAAAGAUGAUUUUCUAUGCAGGCAAAAUAUUGCUGAGAAUUAAGGAUGCCCGAGUUGUGGAGUUUUUCAAGGAAGCAAUAAAGUCGCACAAGAUGAGGGAUUCUAAGCGGAUGCCAGGGUUUAUUAAUAUGGUGCAUGAAGCGGUUAUGAGAAGCAGGGAUGUUGAGUUCUGUGAGUUUCUGGUUGAUUUCUGCCUUAUGUACACGCCGGAGUAUAUUGUUUCUGUGCUUCUAAUGUGCUCUGAGGCAAGGAAGUUCAAGAUGAAGGGAUUCGACAACAUGCACGUGCUGAGGAUUCUUGCACUGCAUCAGAACGAUGUUGUUAGAAAGCUUGCAUUGCAGCUGAUUGGAGGCGAGGUGGUUUAUGCUUUUGAUCCAUUUGACAAGAUAAGCUUUACAAGUGCAGAAAUGAUGUGCCUUGAUCUUUAA